AGAUCAGCACCAGGGGCGAUUAGACAGUGCCCGAGCGCGCGACUCAGUUCUCCCGCCGCCGCUGCAGUCCGCGUACGGCUCGCGCUCAGUCAGCACGGGACAGUGCUGAGUUUGCUCCUCGCGCACCGCACGAGAGGCUGUGGAAGAAAAAAGUCAGCAGGAUCCUCUGUACGGCCAGCAGGAGAGACGGAGCUGUGGAGCGACCGCUGAGGAGCCUGGAGGGUCUUUUUGUUCGGGAUUGUGUGUUUUUCCCUCCAGAAAGUGAAGCGAGGAGCGAGGAGCUGUGGCUGAUCUGCAGCCAUGCACCGUUUAAGGACUACAGUUGCGAGGCUUCGGCCUUUAACGGCUGCGCAGACGGCCCAGGGCCCGUCGCAGCCCAGACUGCCGCCGGUGGAAGGGGGCUUAAGGACGUUUCGGCCCGCGAGGCGCCUGAACACAUCCGUGGCUGCUGAGCCCUUCCUCAACGGCACCAGCUCUAACUAUGUGGAGGAGAUGUACUACGCGUGGCUGGAGAAUCCCAGGAAUGUGCACAAGGUUUUUACGGGCUCGCUGAAUCCGACUUGGACAAAGUGUUCCGGCUUCCCACCACCACUUUCAUCGGAGGCAGCGAGAGCGCUCUGCCUCUCAGAGAGAUUAUACGCCGCCUUGAGAUGGCCUACUGUCAGCAUAUUGGCGUGGAGUUUAUGUUCAUUAACGACGUGGAGCAGUGCCAGUGGAUCAGACAGAAGUUUGAGACCCCGGGGAUCAUGCAGUUCGGUCUGGAGGAGAAGAGGACUCUCUUGGCCAGAAUGAUCCGAUCCACAAGGUUUGAGGAGUUUCUCCAGAGGAAGUGGUCAUCGGAGAAACGAUUCGGUCUGGAAGGCUGCGAGUCGCUCAUCCCGGCCCUCAAGACCAUCAUCGACAUGUCGAGUCAGAGCGGCGUGGAGAGCGUGAUCAUGGGGAUGCCUCACAGAGGCCGGCUGAACGUGCUGGCGAAUGUGAUCCGGAAGGAGCUGGACCAGAUCUUCUGCCAGUUCGACUCUAAACUGGAGGCUGCUGAUGAGGGUUCUGGAGAUGUGAAAUAUCACUUGGGGAUGUAUCACAAGAGGAUGAACCGGGUCAGCGACCGGUACAUCACGAUGUCCCUGAUGGCGAACCCGUCCCACCUGGAGGCGGUGGACCCGGUGGUGCAGGGAAAGACCAAAGCUGAGCAGUUCUACUGUGGAGACACUGAGGGCAAACGGGUGAUGUCUAUUCUGCUCCACGGUGAUGCUGCGUUCGCGGGGCAGGGCAUCGUGUACGAGACGUUCCACCUGUCUGACCUGCCCUCAUACACCACGCACGGCACCAUACACGUGGUGGUCAACAACCAGAUUGGUUUCACCACAGAUCCCAGGAUGGCGCGUUCGUCUCCUUAUCCCACAGAUGUCGCGCGGGUCGUCAACGCUCCCAUCUUCCAUGUCAAUGCGGAUGACCCGGAGGCCGUGAUAUACGUGUGUAAGGUCGCGGCCGAGUGGAGGAACACUUUCCAUAAAGAUGUGGUCGUAGACCUGGUGUGUUACAGACGUAACGGCCACAACGAGAUGGAUGAGCCCAUGUUCACCCAGCCGCUGAUGUACAAGCAGAUCAAGAAGCAGAAAGGGGUCCUGAAGAAGUUCGCCGAUAAAGUCAUCGCCGAGGGAGUCAUCACACUGCAGGAGUACGAGGAGGAAGUAGCUCAGUACGACAAAAUCUGCGAGGAAGCUUACAAUCGCUCCAAAGAUGAGAAGAUCCUUCACAUCAAACACUGGCUGGACUCGCCGUGGCCUGAUUUCUUCACACUGGAGGGACAACCCAAAACUAUGAGCUGCCCCCCCACCGGCAUCAGUGAAGAAGAGCUCAGUCAUAUUGGAAACAUCGCCGCCUCCGUCCCAGUGGAGGACUUCACCAUACACGGAGGUUUGAGUCGUAUCCUGAAGGGUCGUGCGAACAUGGUGAACCAGCGGGUGUGUGACUGGGCUCUGGGGGAGUACAUGGCCUUUGGCUCGCUGCUCAAAGACGGGAUCCAUGUUCGCCUCAGUGGACAGGAUGUGGAGAGGGGCACAUUCAGCCAUCGACACCAUGUUCUACACGACCAGAACGUUGAUAAGAGGAUCUGCGUCCCAAUGAACCACAUCUCCCCCGAUCAGGCUCCUUACACUGUGUGCAACAGCUCUCUGUCUGAAUACGGAGUGCUAGGUUUUGAAUUAGGCUUCGCCAUGGCGAGUCCCAACGCACUGGUCCUGUGGGAGGCCCAGUUCGGAGACUUUAAUAACACAGCUCAGUGCAUCAUCGACCAGUUCAUCAGCUCGGGUCAGGCCAAGUGGGUCCGACAGAACGGCAUCGUGCUGCUGCUUCCUCACGGCAUGGAGGGGAUGGGACCAGAGCACUCGUCUGCCCGACCUGAAAGGUUCCUACAGAUGUGCAAUGAUGACCCAGAUGUUUUCCCUAAACUGGAGGAGGACUUCGCGGUGCGUCAGCUGUAUGACUGUAACUGGAUCGUCGUCAACUGCUCCAAUCCUGCGAACUACUUCCACGUCCUCCGCCGACAGAUCCUGCAGCCCUUCAGGAAGCCUCUCAUAGUGUUUACUCCCAAGUCGCUGUUGCGCCAUCCGGAGGCCAAGUCCAGCUUUGAUGACAUGCUGCCAGCCACCCACUUCAAGCGUAUAAUCCCAGACGACGGGCCUGCAGCCGCCAGCCCGGAGAAGGUGAAGAGAGUCGUUUUCUGCACCGGCAAGAUCUACUACGAGCUGACCCGGGAACGCAAGAACAGAGCGAUGGACGACACUGUGGCUGUUGUUCGCAUCGAACAGCUCUCACCGUUCCCGUUCGAUCUGGUGAAAGCGGAGACCGAUCGUUACCUAAACGCCGACCUGGUGUGGUGUCAGGAAGAGCACAAGAACCAGGGCUACUACCACUACAUCAAGCCCCGCAUCCGCACCACCAUCAACCACACCCGCCCCGUCUGGUAUGCUGGUCGUGAUCCUGCAGCAGCUCCAGCUACUGGAAACAAGCAGACUCACCUCACGGAGCUGCAGCGUCUACUGGACACGGCCUUCGACCUGGAGGCGUUCUCAGGGAAACUGUAACAGUCACACACCCGCCUGUUGAGCUUUAACCCUUCGCCUACAUUUUGCAUUGAUGUGUUUUCUUUCCUCAAAUAUACGAACAUAUCAGACCUGUUAUCAGGCGUAUUCUUCAAAAGACGCACAAUGACUUUAACACUGUUACCGUGAAGACCUCAUGUUCACAGUGAUGGACACUAUUAUAGCAUUGAAUGUAUGAAUUUAUACACUAUUAAUUUUUUAAGACAAACACGUUUUUAUCUGCUUUUAUUUAGUUAAUUAUAAAAUAAUGUCACCCUGCUCCGCUCCGCACAUCCUGCUGAAAUCCUGCAUCCGUCACCUGCUGAACAAAUAUUUGAAUUCAUUUAUUCGAUGGCAGAUUAAUUCGGACAACCAGAGGAAGAACAAUGAUGCACAUAAUAGUUUGACAUUUGGGGAAAUAAGCUUACUGAGAGUUAGAGGAGAUCCGUUUGUUAGCAAAAAGACUGUAAACAGAAGCACAUUCACGCUGUUGGUAAAAGUUUCUGCGUGCUACCUGUUUGUAGCUAAGCUAACGGCUCAGAGAGGCAAACUCUCCGGUGUGUGUGUGUCAGUGUCGGCUCAAGGUAAAGAUUGCAGUCCGGUGCUUCUACAGCUCAUAAAGUCCGAACCACUGCGCCACAAUAUAAACAUACAGCAGAUUUAAAACAGUAGAGGGCGUGUUGAGACAUUUUUAACCCACAAAAUGCAGAUUUUUCAAUAACAGUUCAGUCAUAUAACUCAGUUUAGGAUGGAGAACCGCUUUAAUAGUGGCUAAAACCGCCACCUUUAAUACCAUUUCAAUGUAUUUUUGAUCUGCUGUGGUCUCGUCUUCCUCGGCCACUGCACAGUCGUGGCUAAAAGUGUAUUUCCCAAAAUGUCUGUUCCUUUAAACUGGAUUUACAGCGACCACACGAGACCUGGCAACCCUGCAGCGUGUACAACCGGAGAUUGGUGAAAACAGAUCAACAGCUGAAUGGUUGCAGUAAGAAUAAAAAGGCUUUAUAUUAUAUUUGAGUUGGCCUCCACAUAUUAGCAGUGACAAAACCUUUUGAAAACACUGUCCGCCUUCUGUGUCAGAUAUUUCUCAGUGACUUUAAGGGUUGUUUAUCUCUCCCUGUAUCUUCAUCUAACAUAAACACACCUCUCUUCGCAUAUUCUGCUUCAAUUCUUCCCAAAUCUGUAUUUAUUUCCUCCUCCGUGGUUUUACUCGCUGUCCUGCCGCGGUCGCCGUAAACGUCCCCGUUUGUGCCAAAUGUGACAGAUUACUUGAAAUUACACACCGUGUUUCAUUUAAAGAAAUCAUGCCAGCGACAGCAGUAUGUAACGACACGAUGGGAUUCCUCAGCUCCUCAGAUUGGAAGAAUGUAUUUAUUUUCAUACAGUGUUGUACGUUUAU